AUGUUCGCCCCGCAGACGACGACUGCUGUCAGUAGGCCAAAGAAGAAUUCCACGGCUUGCCUGGCAUGCAAGGCAGCAAAGAGGAAGUGUUCUGGACCGGAUGCACCGUGCAAGGCUUGUCGGUCCACCAACACCGAAUGUCACUUCGAUCCUAGUCGAGACCUCAGACGAAAGGUUGCCGUCAAACGGACGAUCCAGGAGCUCACAAACCACAAAGAUCUACUAGAGUCUUUGUUAAGCACCCUCGGGUCGGCUGACAAGCUCCAGUUUGACAAAGUGAUGGAUCUGAUUCGGAAAAAGGCACCGUUCCAAGAUAUCGCCCAUGCUGUCGGAAGCCCGGCCACAACGUUCGGUGACCCCCAAGAGUUGUCCAAUGCCAGCAAAUUGGCGAUUUUAGAGUAUGGGGAGAAUCCCAUAGAAACCUCGGGCAACGGAGUGAGACGGCCGUCGGACCCUGGCAAUAUAGCAAGCUCACCAGAAGAGAUUCCAAACAUGAAACCCCCGCAAUGGCCGACAGUUAGCCCUUACGCUCGUGUCACACUGGAAAGCCUCUGUGACAUACCUCUCUUCGAGGUGCCAGCAAAGCCCUGGACAAAGGUCACAGAUGAUGGUUAUCUGGUCUCGCACCUAGUCUCACUCUACUUUACCUGGGACCACCCAUGUACGCAGUUCCUUGAUCAGCGCAUCUUCCUGCAGCAUAUGAAACUCGGUGACCGAAGGUCGGAGUUCUGCACGCCCCUUCUCGUCAAUAGCCUGUUGUCAAUGGCCAGCACCUAUUCUGAUAGCCCUGAUGUUUUUUCCAUCCCCGAGAACGUAUUCUCGCGCGGUCAGAAUUUUUUCCAUGAGGCACAAAGACUGUGGGAAGUCGAAGAUGACGACCACGACCUGCCUAACAUCCAGGCUCUCCUCUUAAUGUGCUGUGUAUUUAAAUGCCAAGGACGAGUCAAGAAAAGUUGGAUGAUGCUUAGCCAAGCCGUUCGGUUGGCACAGGAUAUAGGACUCUUUGAUACCCCAGCAGUGUCGAAAAAGGAGAUGUUGCCAGAGAUGGAACGUGUUCGUACGAUUACUGCCUGGGGUGUCUUCAACAUGAGGUCACAAAUGUCGAUUGAGCUGCAGAAGAUUGCUCCCUUGGAAUAUCCCACGUCCGAUGUCAAACUGUGUGGUAACGAAGACUUUGACUGGACACCAACCUUAGUCGAUGCCCAAAAACUCAUUUCUGAAAGACACCGCGGCACCAAUCUUGACGAGUUGUGGAGAAAAGCUCAGGACCCAUUCGACCGUUUGACUGCUUGGCUGCAACGCUGGCCGAGCGUGCCCGAGAUACAACCAAAUCCGGUUCCACAAGUCCUUCUCUUGCGAAUAAAAUGUCUGCAGGCUAUCAUACAUCUGUUUGAGAUUUUGAAUGACCCUCAUCAGCCACAGUCGGUUCGGCAGGCCCGGUUCUACCAGGUUAAGUCCGUCGAGGAAACGGCGCAAUGUCUUCGCAUCCAUCGUCAGUCAUAUGGCCUCAAGCAUAUACCCAGCCAGAUAGUCGAUGCCAUACAGACGGGCCUUCGGAUCUUGGUUCCCCAACUGGAAGAAAGUGACGAAUCAAGGCAGGCGUUUGCCGAGCUGUGUCGGUUUGGAACGGCUCUUAGUCACAGGUUUAAGCAAACAGCCGACAUGAUUCAUGAGAUCAGGAAGAACGCGCUGCACCUUGGCGUCCGAUUGCCAUCUGAGGUUAUUGCAAUCUUCGACGACCCGGAACAGUGGAGGAGUCUUGAGCCCUGA